AUGGUCGCUACUACGAUAGUGCACAAGGCGGUUGGGUUCUUGGACGUCAAUAUGACAGCCGAUUCGGUGGCCAAUACGAUGCACGCCUCAGAAGCGGUCAAGUUUCAACUAUGCACGCUAGGGAUCUCGGUCAUGGUUUUGGUCCUCAUGAUGGUGACAAAGGACAUGCACAUCACGACUGUACGGGACAUGGUCAUGGAAAGCACGAUGAUUGCCGUGGUCACCACGACCACAAAAAACACGAUCACCAUGAUCAUAAAGGACACGAUCACCAUGAUCAUAAAGGACACGAUCACCAUGAUCAUAAAGGACACGAUCACCAUGAUCAUAAAGGACACGAUCACCAUGAUCAUAAAGGACACGAUCACCAUGAUCAUAAAGGACACGAUCACCAUGAUCAUCACGAUCAUAAAGGACACGAUCAUCACGGUCAUCACGAUGGUAAAGGACAUGGCGACCACCACGAUGGUAAAGGGCAUGGCGACCACCACGAUCACCAUGAUCAUCACGAUCAUAAAGGACACGAUCAUCACGGUCAUCACGAUCAUAAAGGACACGAUCAUCACGGUCAUCACGAUGGUAAAGGACAUGGCGACCACCACGAUGGUAAAGGGCAUGGCGACCACCACGAUCACCAUGAUCAUCACGAUCAUAAAGGACACGAUCAUCACGGUCAUCACGAUCAUAAAGGACACGAUCAUCACGGUCAUCACGAUGGUAAAGGACAUGGCGACCACCACGAUGGUAAAGGGCAUGGCGACCACCACGAUCACCAUGAUCAUCACGAUCAUAAAGGACACGAUCAUCACGGUCAUCACGAUGGUAAAGGACAUGGCGACCACCACGAUGGUAAAGGGCAUGGCGACCACCACGAUGGUAAAGGGCAUGGCGACCACCACGAUGAUAAAGGGCAUGAUCAUCACGACCACCAUGAUCACCAUGAUCACCACGACCAUAAAGGACACGAUCAUCACGAUCACAAGGGACAUGAUCACAAGGGACAUGAUCACCACGAUCAUAAAGGGCAUGGCGACCACCACGAUGGUAAAGGACACGAUGGUAAAGGACAUGGUCCACAGGGUCAUGGCAAACACGGUAAGGAUAAUAAGGACUGUGAUAUGCAUGGGAUUCCCAAAGGUCACUCACAGUUAG